AUGAAUAAUAUAAAUAAAAUUAUUAGUUUUAACUGUAAAUCACUCAAGAGGUCAUUAGAGGGUGUAAAAGAACUGUGUACAUCUGCGGAUAUCGUAGCCCUGCAGGAAACAUGGUUGAUGCCUCAUGACCUACCAGUACUGAAUUUAGGCGAAUAUCAAAAGAAAACUUUUCUUGAACUAUUAAUUUCUUCAUCUGGUGGUAAGAAAGGCUACAAUAAUAUGGAACUGCGAGAAGAAAUUCUUACUUUGACCAUGGCAAGCACGGAUACAUCUGCAGUAGCCACUGGUUACACUUUGAUGUUGUUAGCCAAAUAUCCAGAAAUACAAGAUAAAGUCUAUGAAGAGUUAUACGAAAUAUUUGGAGACUCUAACCGACCUGUCACUAAACAAGAUUUGUUAGACAUGAAAUAUUUAGAGAGGGUAGUCAAAGAAUCGUUAAGGCUAUUCCCUCCUGCGCCAUUCAUCGUUCGCAAAGUGGAGACAGAAGUAAAAUUGCCAUCUGGCCGUGUAUUGCCAGCGGGUUCAGGUGCGGUCGUUUGCAUCUGGGGUUGCCAUCGCGACCCAAAAUAUUGGGGUCCAGAUGCAGAACAUUUUAAUCCUGAUCGCUUUUUACCGGCACGUUUUAACUUGAGACAUGCCUGCAGUUACAUGCCAUUUAGUAAUGGACCUAGGAGCUGUGUAGGAUAUCAAUAUGCUCUUAUGUCGAUCAAGACAUCACUAGCGUGGAUUCUUCGGAACAAUAAAGUGGUUGGAGAACCAGAAGAUGGACCAAUUCCUCAUAUCAAAGUGAAGUUGAACAUCACGAUGAAAGAUGUUACCGGUUAUCAAGUAGCUUUAGAAAAAAGACAACCUAAAUUUAAUAUUCAAUCAAAA